GCCAGAGCGUGGAGCCAAGAAGCCAGGACGCGGCAGCGGCCAAGCGCAGCAGCCGACGGCGGUUGAGUCGGGCGCCCAGAUCCGCCCGCGCUCUCGCGCCCUCCGCGGGCCUCUCAAUUUUCUCGCUCGCAGGUCGGGAGCGUUCCGGGCGGCACAAUCUCUAGGACUCUCCUCCCGCUCUGGUCAGGGGCAUGUAGCGCACCCAGGGCGCACCCGCAAGCUCACCGAGACACCAGCACGCACCCACCGGCAGCAGCGAGUUUUCAGUUCGAGGCGCCGGACAUGCUGAAGCCCGGAGACCCCGGCGGUUCGGCCUUCCUCAAAGUGGACCCAGCCUACCUGCAGCACUGGCAGCAACUCUUCCCUCACGGCGGCGCCGGCCCGCUCAAGGGCAGCGGCGUCGCGGGUCCCCUGAGCGCGCCGCAGCCUCUUCAGCCGCCGCCGCCGCCCCCGCCGCCCCCGGAGCGCGCUGAGCCUCCGCCAGACAGCCUGCGCCCGCGGCCCGCCUCUCUCUCCUCCGCCUCGUCCACCCCGGCUUCCUCCUCCACCUCCGCCUCCUCCGCCUCCUCCUGCGCUGCUGCAGCCGCUGCCGCCGCACUGGCUGGUCUCUCGGCCCUGCCGGUGUCGCAGCUGCCGGUGUUCGCGCCUCUAGCCGCCGCUACCGUCGCCGCCGAGCCGCUGCCCCCCAAGGAACUGUGCCUCGGCGCCGCCUCCGGCCCCGGGCCCGCCAAGUGCGGUGGCGGCGGCGGCGGCGGCGGGGAUGGCCGGGGCGCCCCGCGCUUCCGCUGCAGCGCAGAGGAGCUGGACUAUUACCUGUAUGGCCAGCAGCGCAUGGAGAUCAUCCCGCUCAACCAGCACACCAGCGACCCCAACAACCGUUGCGACAUGUGCGCGGACAACCGCAACGGCGAGUGCCCUAUGCAUGGGCCACUGCACUCGCUGCGCCGGCUCGUGGGCACCAGCAGCGCUGCGGCCGCCGCGCCCCCGCCGGAGCUGCCGGAGUGGCUGCGGGACCUGCCUCGCGAGGUGUGCCUCUGCACCAGUACUGUGCCCGGCCUGGCCUACGGCAUCUGCGCGGCGCAGAGGAUCCAGCAAGGCACCUGGAUUGGACCUUUCCAAGGCGUGCUUCUGCCCCCAGAGAAGGUGCAGGCAGGCGCCGUGAGGAACACGCAGCAUCUCUGGGAGAUAUAUGACCAGGAUGGGACACUACAGCACUUUAUUGAUGGUGGGGAACCUAGUAAGUCGAGCUGGAUGAGGUAUAUCCGAUGUGCAAGGCACUGCGGAGAACAGAAUCUAACAGUAGUUCAGUACAGGUCGAAUAUAUUCUACCGAGCCUGUAUAGAUAUCCCUAGGGGCACCGAGCUUCUGGUGUGGUACAAUGACAGCUAUACGUCUUUCUUUGGGAUCCCCUUACAAUGCAUUGCCCAGGAUGAAAACUUAAAUGUCCCUUCAACGGUAAUGGAAGCCAUGUGCAGACAAGACGCCCUGCAGGCCUUCAACAAAAGCAGCAAACUCGCCCCUACCACCCAGCAGCGCUCCAUUGUUUUCCCGCAGACUCCGUGCAGCAGGAACUUCGCUUUUCUGGAUAAGUCUGGGCCCAUUGAAUCAGGGUUUAAUCAAAUCAACGUGAAAAACCAGCGAGUCCUUGCGAGCCCAACUUCCACAAGCCAGCUCCACUCGGAGUUCAGUGACUGGCAUCUUUGGAAAUGUGGGCAGUGCUUUAAGACGUUCACCCAGCGGAUCCUCUUACAGAUGCACGUGUGCACGCAGAACCCCGACAGACCCUACCAAUGCGGCCACUGCUCCCAGUCCUUUUCCCAGCCUUCAGAACUGAGGAACCACGUGGUCACUCACUCUAGUGACCGGCCUUUCAAGUGUGGCUACUGUGGUCGUGCCUUUGCCGGGGCCACCACCCUCAACAACCACAUCCGAACCCACACUGGAGAAAAGCCCUUCAAGUGCGAGAGGUGUGAGAGGAGCUUCACGCAGGCCACCCAGCUGAGCCGACACCAGCGGAUGCCCAAUGAGUGCAAGCCAAUAACCGAGAGCCCAGAAUCAAUCGAAGUGGAUUAACUGAUUGACUGGUUGGAAUUAAACUGCAAGGAAAG